AUGCCGUUUGCCCAUUUUGUUGGAGUGAAUCAUCAUGGGCAGUCAAUAUUGUUUGGUUGUGGUUUGUUAGCUAAUGAGGACACAGAUACGUUUGUCUGGCUAUUCAGGACGUGGCUUGAGUGCAUGCAUGGACAAGCUCCGAAUGCAGUAAUUACUGAUCAAGAUCGGGCCAUGCAAAACGCAAUUGGGAUCGUUUUCCCAUGCACGAGACAUCUAUGGCACAUUUUGAAGAAGCUGCCGGAAAAGUUUGGGUAUCAUGUUGAUAAGUGCGGGAUAUUUUCGACUUUGCAUAAUUUGGUUUACGAUUCACAAACUGCUGAAGAAUUCGAAGAGGGGUGGAAACAGAUGAUUGAUGCUUAUGACUUACAUGAGAAUGAGUGGUUGUCAGGAUUGUAUGAUAAUAGAGGUCAAUGGGUUCCUUACUUCUUAAGAACCACAUUCUGGGCUGAGAUGUCCACAACUCAACGAAGUGAGAGUAUGAAUGCAUUCUUCGAUGGGUAUGUGCAUUCGAAGACCUCGUUGAAGCAAUUUGUGGAGCAGUGCGAAAGAGCCCUGAAGGCGAAGAAGGAGUUCCAGGCUGAUUUCAGGUCAUAUUCACAAAUGGUACCUUGCGCAACUAAUUACGAAAUUGAGAAGCAUUUCCAGUCAGUUUAUACCAUUUCAAAAUUCAGAGAAGUACAAGAUGAGUUCAAGGGAAAGGUUCACUGUGACCUCAUUUCUACUUCUGAGGGGUGUUCGGGGACAACAUAUGAGGUGCAUGAGGAUGUGAUACAUGCAAUUACAGUAUUGAUCCGAAACGACGUUACACGAUUGCUAGAUAAGUACACACUAUUAAGGUGGAGAAGAGAUGUCCGUAGACCACAUACGAGGGUUGUAGUGAAUUACGAUGGUCUGGUCAGUACUCCAGGACAGUUGAGAUAUGACGAGAUGUGUAAAUCUUUUUCACAAGUGGCUGACCUCGCUGCAGAUGACGAAGUCCGGACAUGUGCUGUAAUGGACUGGAUAAAAUCCGAAGUGAUAGAGCUCAUGCCAACGAAGAUGUCGAUCAUUGAUAGAGCAACAUCCAAUAUCAUCAAAUAUGACUAUCCUCGUAUGAGAGAAUAUGAAGACCUCAAGUCAAAGAUGAUUUAA